UCUCAACGGGUGAGCACGUUGCAUCGUGUUAGUCCGGGGAAAAUUCGAGUAUUUCGCAAGAAAGAAAGGAUUUUCAGCCGUACUUUGACGAUUCGACGCAGCCACACAGCGAGAUUUUCGCUUGUAGUCAAGUGAAAAGAAAGUCCACUGGACUAUAAACGAAAAUUAACUGGCAAUAUAGCCUUAGUUGCUGUGCCAUCAAUUCGGCGUCAUCUCAAAUGAGUUGACGCCAACCAGAAAGGAAGAAGAAGAAGAAGAAGUGAAUUCAUUUUUAGUAUAAGUUUAGUGAUAAUAGUCAUGAACACACGAAUAGCAAAUGUUUUAUUUCAACAACUUCGCAGCUAUAGUUAUAAAACAGUGAAGCGCGUUACGCUACCGCCAGCCAGCAAGUUAGAAAUACCGGAAUCAAAUGGCACGAAAAAUUUCUCGCUCCAGAAUGAACUGAAGGCCCGUAUUGUGGCGAGUGGCCCUAUUCCGGUGGCAUCCUAUAUGAGACAUGUGUUGACCAAUCCUUCGGCAGGGUACUACAUGACCAACGAUGAUGUGUUUGGCAGUAAGGGUGAUUUUAUUACCUCCCCGGAGAUUGGACAAAUCUUUGGCGAAAUGGUGGCUGUCUGGUGCCUUAACGAGUUGUACAAAUUCGGUGGCCCCGUUCCUUUUCAGCUGGUUGAAUUAGGACCGGGUAGAGGAACAAUGAUGAGUGAUAUCUUGAGAGUGUUCGGCAGUCUAAAGGCCACUGCUGGAUUGACGGUUCAUCUGGUGGAGAUUAGUGACCAUUUGAGCAAAGUUCAAGCGGAUCUGCUGUGUCGAAGCUCUACGGAACAUAAUGACAAACCCUUCUAUCGGUCGGGCUUUACUGGGAACGGCAUUAAAGUGCACUGGUAUCGCCACUUGGAGGAUGUCCCACAAGUAUUUUCUAUCGUGUUGGCUCACGAAUUCUUCGAUGCUUUGCCGAUCCACAAAUUUCAAAAAGAAGGUGACUGCUGGAAAGAGGUUUUGAUUGACAUCGAUCCUCACGACAAGAAAAAAUUUCGAUUCGUUGUUUCUAAAUCUGAAACACCGAUGUUACGGUUGUUCCUGAACAAUUAUCCCGAAAUAGCAACCGAUCGAAAUCACGUGGAAAUUUCGUUCGAAUCCGAAGCACUGAUUCGACAGAUCGCCGAACGGUUCCACGCGAAUGGUGGUCUUGGGUUAAUCGUUGACUAUGGCCACCUAGGUGAGAAGAACGAUACGUUUCGAGCGUUCAAGAACCACAAACUACAUGAUCCUUUGGUCGAUCCGGGUUGUGCCGAUCUAACGGCGGAUGUGGAUUUCUCAAUUCUGAAUCACUUUUGCGAACGGACGUCGCAAGUUUUCACGAUAGGGCCAACCACGCAACGGAGUUUUCUGGAGAUGGCAGGAGCUAAGGAUCGGCUGGAAGUAUUGCUCACCCGAGCCAAAAGCGAAGAAGAGAAGCAUCGGUUGACCGAAGGGUUCCGGAUGCUAACGGAGGAAAAUCAGAUGGGCAGUAGGUUUAAGUUUUUGGGACUGUAUCCGAGUGAGCUGAGGCAGUUCUUUACGAAGCAAGAUUAAUAGACUGAAGUCGGUUUUAGACCUGUACAGUA